UUAACAUCUCUCAUAUGUAGGUAUCUGGAAGACUUGAAGAGCUUAAAACUACUAUUGAUGUUGGACUUGUGCACCAGAUCAACUUGUUACAGACAAUUGCCUAUCACUUUGAGCAGUGGAGCCAUUUGGUGAAGAAAGAAAAAUCCGGUUAUUACACUUUGAACAUGCUCAGCAUAGAUAUUACAAGAAAAUGUCUUGUUGCAGAAGGUUGGUGCCCUGUUUUUGCAACAAACAAGAUUCAAAAUGUGUUACAGCGGGCAACUGUUGACAGCAACUCACAAAUUGGGACCAUAUUUGAUGUUCUCCAGACAAAGGAAUCACCACCUACCUAUUUCCAAACCAACAAAUUUACUUCUACUUUUCAAGAAAUCGUGGAUGCUUAUGGGAUUGCAAAAUAUCAGGAAGCAAAUCCUGGAGUAUUCACAAUCAUCACGUUUCCUUUCCUUUUUGCUGUUAUGUUUGGCGACUGGGGCCAUGGUAUAUGCCUGCUUUUGGCAACAUCAUAUUUCAUAAUCAGAGAAAAAAAUAUUUCUAGCCAGAAACUCGGAGACAUCACUGAAAUGAUUUUUGGGGGUCGCUAUGUUAUCAUGAUGAUGGCAUUAUUCUCAAUCUACACAGGAUUGUUAUACAAUGAAUUUUUUUCGGUCCCGUUUGAACUGUUUGGGUCCUCUGCUUACGGAUGCCGCGAUCCUUCUUGCCGAGAUGCUUCUACAGAAGGUUUAGUAAAAGUUCGUACCACUUAUCCUUUUGGUGUGGAUCCUAAAUGGCAUGGUACUCGGAGUGAACUACCAUUUCUUAACUCAAUGAAGAUGAAGAUGUCAAUUUUGCUUGGAGUAGCUCAGAUGAAUCUUGGUAUCAUUUUGAGCUACUUCAAUGCUAAAUUUUAUGGAAAUGAACUCAACAUUCGGCACCAAUUUCUUCCCCAAAUGAUAUUUCUGAACAGUCUGUUCGGCUACUUGUCUCUUCUCAUAGUUGUGAAAUGGUGCACUGGCUCUCAAGCUGAUCUUUAUCACGUGAUGAUAUAUAUGUUCUUGAGUCCUACAGAUGAUCUUGGUGAAAACCAGCUUUUCUUCGGUCAGAAGUUUCUCCAGAUUUUAUUACUGCUAGCAGCUCUAGUUUCUGUACCAUGGAUGUUAUUUCCAAAGCCUUUUCUUUUAAAGAAGCAACAUGAUGAAAGGCACCGUGGUCAAUCCUAUGCACUACUGGACGCUGGCUUUGAUGAUUCUGAUGAAAUGGAACUGCAUCAUGGUUCCAGUAGCCACGAAGAGUUUCAGUUCAGUGAAAUCUUUGUUCACCAACUUAUACACACAAUUGAAUUUGUGCUUGGUGCAGUGUCAAAUACAGCAUCAUAUCUGCGGUUAUGGGCUCUUAGCCUAGCCCAUUCAGAGUUGUCAAGUGUAUUCUAUGACAAGGUUUUACUUUUGGCCUGGGGAUUCAACAAUAUCAUCAUCCUUAUCAUCGGUCUAUUUGUAUUCAUAUGCGCAACAGUUGGUGUGUUGUUAGUGAUGGAAACUCUCAGCGCAUUCUUACACGCGUUGAGGCUUCACUGGGUUGAGUUUCAGGGCAAGUUCUAUGGAGGAGAAGGUUACAAAUUUCAGCCAUUUUCGUUCGCAUCACUUGACACGGAAGAUGAAUGAGAAAGAAUGUUUCUUCACUGGAUUCAAGCUCAGUUGUAAUGAUGAGAUAAGAAUGGUAAAUAAUUACUAAAGAAAUCUGCGGAGGACAUGGGAUCCGAAUAUCUUCCAUCUACCUGUGUUUUCUGUUGCUU